AGGAGGGCGGGAAGCUGGCGGCUCCUUCGGCUGCGAGGAGAAUGGGAGGCCGCCGCUGCUGCUUAGGCUUUCUCUAAGAUAACGCACCCAAGGUGGCAUGCUGAAGGCCGGGCAUGUGCCAGGAUGAGUUUAAAAGAUGCUGGCAGUCUCACCUGCCCAGAGAAUGUGGCCUCCUAUACUCUUCACAUUUAUCCCCAGCUCUCAGCCGAAAGCGCUUCCUGCUGCAGGGUGACAGCGACUAAGGACACCACCACUGCUGAUGUCAUCAAGGAUGUCGUUGGUUGCUUGAGUCUAGACAUCUCUAAGCACUAUGUGCUUGUGGAAGUGAAAGAAUCGGGGGGAGAGGAGUGGGUUCUGGAUGGGAAUGACUCCCCUGUCCACAGGGUCCUGCUUUGGCCCCGCCGGGCCCAGGACGUCCACCCUCAGCAAGAUGGCUAUUACUUCCUCUUACAAGAGAGGAACGCUGAUGGGACCAUCAAAUAUGUUCAUGUGCAGUUGCACUCUGAGGAAGAAGAGGAGCAAGACGGGGCCCGGCGUUUGGUGGAAAGGGGCUUCCUUCCCUGGCAGCAGGAGGACUUCAAUGACCUCUGCAACCUCCCCAACUUGACAGAGACCAUUCUGCUGGAGAACCUCAAGCGGCGCUUCCUAAAGCAGAAGAUCUACACCUACGUGGGCAGCAUCCUCAUUGCCAUCAACCCCUUCAAAUUCCUGCCCAUCUACAACCCCAAGUACGUCCAAAUGUAUGAGAACCACCAGCUCGGGAAGCUGGAGCCCCACAUCUUUGCCAUUGCUGAUGUGGCUUAUCACACCAUGCUGAAGAAACGUAUCAACCAGUGCAUUGUCAUUUCGGGCGAGAGCGGGUCGGGGAAGACACAGAGCACAAACUUCCUGAUCCACUGCCUAACAGCCCUGAGCCAGAAGGGUUACGCCAGUGGGGUGGAGAGAACUAUUUUAGGAGCUGGACCAGUGCUAGAGGCUUUUGGAAAUGCAAAGACAGCCCACAAUAACAACUCCAGCCGCUUUGGGAAAUUCAUCCAGGUCAACUAUUUGGAGAAUGGAAUUGUUAGAGGGGCUGUGGUUGAAAAAUACCUGCUUGAAAAAUCUCGCUUGGUUUCUCGGGAGAAAAAUGAGAGGAACUACCAUGUUUUUUACUAUUUGCUGCUUGGUGUCAGCGCAGAGGAGCGUAAGGAAUUCCACCUCAAGCAGCCUGAAGACUAUUUCUACCUCAACCAGCAUAACUUGAAAAUUGAAGAUGGGGAAGACCUCCAGCAUGAUUUUGAGCGGUUAAAACAAGCCAUGGAGAUGGUUGGUUUUCUUCCUGCAACAAAGAAGCAAAUCUUUUCAGUGCUGUCUGCUAUUCUUUACCUGGGAAACAUCACCUACAAGAAGAGGGCAGCAGGUCGGGAUGAGGGGCUUGAAGUGGGACCUCCUGAAGUGCUAGACAUCCUCUCUGAACUUCUCAAGGUGAAACGUGAAAUUCUAGUGGAGGUACUGACAAAAAGAAAAACAGUAACUGUGAAUGACAAGCUGAUCCUGCCAUACAGCCUCAGUGAGGCCAUCACAGCUCGUGACUCCAUGGCUAAGUCUCUCUACAGUGCACUCUUUGACUGGAUUGUUCUGCGAAUUAACCAUGCGCUUCUGAACAAGAAGGACAUGGAAGAGUCUGUUACGUGCCUAUCCAUUGGCGUUCUUGAUAUCUUUGGUUUUGAAGACUUCAAAACCAACAGUUUUGAGCAGUUCUGUAUAAAUUAUGCAAAUGAGCAGCUGCAGUAUUACUUCAAUCAGCACAUUUUCAAGCUUGAACAGGAGGAAUACCAGAGCGAAGGGAUUUCGUGGCACAACAUUGACUACACAGACAACGUGGCCUGUAUCCAUUUGAUCAGCAAAAAGCCUACCGGCCUCUUCUACCUGCUAGAUGAAGAAAGCAACUUCCCACAUGCCACCAGCGAGACACUCCUUGCCAAGUUUAAGCAGCAGCAUGAGGACAACAGGUUCUUCAUUGGGACACCAGUCCUGGAGCCUGCUUUUAUCAUCCAACACUUUGCAGGCAAAGUGAAAUACCAGAUCAAGGAUUUCAGGGAAAAGAACAUGGAUUACAUGAGGCCAGAUAUUGUUGCCCUGCUGAGGGGCAGUGACAGCGCGUACGUGCGCGAACUCAUUGGGAUGGACCCUGUGGCUGUUUUCCGGUGGGCCACCCUGCGCGCAGCCAUCCGGGCCAUGGCUGUUUUUGCAGAAGCUGGUCGCCAGAGAGCACAGAAAACAGCAGGAGUGGUACGACAUGGACCAAGGAUACCCCUGGGGGAACUCCAGCAAGCCAACACUCCAAUUGAGAGAGUUUAUCGCUGCUCAGUGCUUGAUUUCUCAUUUGAUUGCUCUGAGGAUUUUGAUAUAAACGCUUUUGAAGACAUCAUUGCUUCAUAUGAAAGCAAGAAGAAAAGUAGAGGUACUAAACAAAAGCAGAUCAUCCCAAAGAACUUGCUGGACUCAAAGUCCCUAAAGCUCAUUGUGAGCAUGACGUUGCAUGACCGGACCACAAAAUCCCUCCUGCACUUGCAUAAGAAGAAGAAGCCCCCCAGUAUCAGCGCUCAGUUCCAGACUUCCCUCAACAAGCUGCUAGAGACGCUGGGAAGAGCUGAGCCCUUCUUUAUCCGCUGCAUCCGAUCCAAUUCUGAAAAGCGGGAGCUGCUUUUUGACGAACGGCUGGUGCUCCAGCAAUUGAGAUACACAGGCAUGCUGGAAACUGUGCGGAUCCGACAAUCUGGCUACAGUGCCAAAUUUAACUUCAAGGAUUUCAUAGACCAGUUCCAAGUGAUCCUACCUAAGAAUGCGGAAGCCUCCAAGGAGGAGAUCUGUGCCCUGUUGACUAAGUUGCAGUUGGACACUAGCAGCUACCAAAUUGGAAAGACAAAGGUGUUCAUGAAGGAGGUGGCACGGCAAGUGCUCCAGGACACUCUCCACAAAGAGGUCAUCCGCAAGAUCAUUGUCCUCCAGAGCUGGCUGCGGAUGGUGCUGGACAGAAGGCGUUUCCUCCGGACUCAGCAGGCAGUCCUCACUUUGCAGGCUUGUUGGCAUUCCUAUCGUGUCCGGAGGGCACUGGAGAGGAAGAAUGCUGCUGUCUACAUCCAGUCUGUAUGGCGGGGGUACAGACAGCAGAAAUCUUUCCAACAGCACAGACAGAAGAUUUGCCUCUUUCAAGCUCUGGCCCGGGGAUAUCUCCAGCGCAAGAGGUUUCAUCAAAUGAUUGCUGAUAAAAAGCGAGAAGAAGAGGAGAAGCAGCAUUUGCUCGUGGAAGAGAAUGGCCUGAGCCAACCAGAGGAGCCCAUCUCAGAAGGGUCUGUCACUCCAGAACCUGAGGGGAAGCUGGACCAAAGGCUGGAGCUGCAGGUGGAGGACAGUGAUGGCACUGAGAACGAGGAAGGCGGGAAGCAGUCCCCUCGGCCCUCUCAGAAGAGCAGCCGGGAGAAGCGGGAGUCCCGCCGACAGAGGGGCCUGGAACACAAUGAGCUGCAGAACAAGCAUGUGGCCUUUCCCUUUGAGGACCCACAUGAAGGAGACUUGCCUUGCAAGGUGGCGAAGGAAGACGGCUCCUGGAGGCUUUUAACAGCUGCGCCACAGGCCCAAAAUGCCAAGCGCGCCCAACUGGGGCUCCUCCCUACAAAGAGUGAACUUUCGGUCGAACUUCUGCCCCUUUGCUAA